GGUGCCCCGGUCUCCGGUAUGAGGAAGAGGGGGAGUCAGUGGAGGGGUUAGCGGUGGUUUCCCCGUCCUCCUCAUUCUUCCUCCUUCGCUGGCAGGCUGCGCAGCUUUGGAAACGCGCGCCAUUUUGUAACUCCCCCUUCCCUCCCCCCUUCUCCCUCCAUCCUGCACGGCGGCCGGGACCAGAGAAUCCGCCAGCAGCAGCAGAAGAGCCGGGGAUCUCCGCGAUAUGCUGGCCAGCGCCGGGGAGUGGGGGGGAUGAGGAUGAUAAUAAUGAUGAUGAGGAGCAGGAUGACGGCGUGAGGAGGAAGCAGCCCAGCUUCUAUCUAUGUGUGACUGUGUGCGGCUCGAUGUGACUGGACGGCCGUCUGGCAGCAGCAGCAGCGGGGGGACUAGAGGCGCCGGAGGACACGGUGUUGCGGUUUGCUGCUGGACUCUCCCCUCCAUUCGCAGGAUAUGAGACUUGAAAGAAAACGAUGCAUACAGGAGGCGAGACUUCAGCAUGCAAACCGUCAUCUGUGCGGCUUGCACCCUCAUUUUCAUUCCAUGCUGCCGGUCUACAGAUGGCUGGACAAAUGCCGCACUCUCAUCAGCAGUACAGUGACCGGCGUCCACAAAACCUAAAUGACCAACAAGUACCUGCCUUACCUUUCAAUGACCAGAUUCAGCAACCGUUGCCUAACCAGCGACGGAUGCCCCAAACUUUUCGUGAACCGACUACAGCACCUUUAAGGAAACUGUCAGUUGACUUGAUCAAAACAUACAAACAUAUUAAUGAGGUCUACUAUGCAAAAAAGAAACGGCGGCAUCAGCAAGGACAAGGGGACGAUUCCAGUCACAAGAAGGAGAGAAAGGUAUACAAUGAAGGCUACGAUGACGACAACUACGACUACAUCGUUAAGAAUGGCGAAAAGUGGAUGGAUCGCUAUGAGAUAGAUUCCUUAAUUGGGAAAGGUUCCUUUGGCCAGGUUGUAAAGGCAUAUGAUCGUGUGGAGCAGGAGUGGGUGGCAAUUAAAAUCAUAAAGAACAAGAAAGCUUUCCUAAAUCAAGCCCAGAUUGAAGUACGACUUCUAGAGCUGAUGAACAAACAUGACACGGAGAUGAAAUACUAUAUCGUGCAUUUAAAGCGCCAUUUUAUGUUCAGAAACCACCUCUGCCUCGUGUUUGAAAUGCUCUCCUACAACCUGUACGACUUGCUACGCAACACCAACUUUCGUGGUGUUUCUCUCAACCUGACACGAAAGUUUGCACAGCAGAUGUGCACUGCACUGCUAUUCCUGGCAACUCCAGAACUGAGUAUCAUUCACUGUGACCUAAAGCCUGAAAAUAUCCUGCUUUGUAAUCCCAAGCGAAGCGCCAUUAAGAUUGUCGACUUUGGAAGCUCCUGCCAACUAGGGCAAAGGAUAUACCAAUAUAUUCAGUCUCGCUUCUAUCGGUCUCCAGAGGUUUUACUGGGAAUGCCUUAUGACCUUGCGAUUGACAUGUGGUCCCUUGGGUGCAUUUUAGUAGAAAUGCAUACUGGAGAGCCCCUCUUUAGUGGAGCCAAUGAAGUCGACCAGAUGAAUAAAAUAGUGGAAGUUUUGGGAAUCCCACCUGCUCACAUUCUCGACCAAGCACCAAAAGCCAGGAAGUUCUUUGAGAAGACGCCAGAUGGCACUUGGAACUUAAAGAAGACCAAAGACGGGAAAAAGGAGUACAAACCACCAGGAACACGGAAACUUCAUAACAUACUUGGAGUGGAAACUGGAGGUCCGGGAGGUCGGCGGGCAGGGGAAUCGGGUCACACUGUAGCGGACUACUUGAAGUUUAAAGACCUCAUUUUAAGGAUGCUAGAUUAUGAUCCCAAAACGCGGAUCCAGCCGUACUAUGCUCUCCAACAUAGUUUCUUCAAGAAAACUGCUGACGAAGGUACAAAUACAAGUAACAGUGUAUCUACAAGUCCAGCUAUGGAGCAGUCUCAAUCAUCGGGAACCACCUCAAGCACAUCCUCUAGCUCAGGUGGCUCAUCUGGGACAAGUAAUAGUGGAAGAGCAAGGUCUGAUCCAACCCAUCAACACAGACACAGUGGAGGACACUUUACUGCUGCUGUUCAAGCUAUGGACUGUGAGACACACAGUCCUCAGGUUCGACAACCGUUUCCUCCACCCGUGGGUUGGACUGUCACUGAAGCCCCCACACAGGUCACCAUUGAAACCCACCCAGUCCAAGAGACGACAUUUCACGUUCCCCCUUCACAAAACGUAUCGCAUCAUCAUGGGAAUAGUUCUCACCACCUUCAUCACCACCAUCACCACCACCACCAUGGACAGCAAUCGCUGGGUAGCCGGACGAGGCCCAGGGUCUACAACUCGCCAUCCAACAGCUCCUCCACCCAAGAUUCUAUGGAGGUCGGUCAUAGCCACCACUCCAUGACAUCCUUGUCUUCCUCAACUACUUCUUCCUCGACCUCUUCUUCGUCUACUGGCAACCAAGGCAACCAGGCCUACCAAAACCGCCCCAUGGCUGCUAACACCUUGGACUUCGGACAGAAUGGAACUAUGGACGUUAAUUUAACAGUCUAUUCAAAUCCUCGCCAAGAGACUGGCAUCACCAGCCAUCCGACGUUCCCAUAUUCUACAAACACGGGCCCUGCCCACUAUGUAACUGAGGGACAUCUGACAAUGAGGCAAGGCAUUGAUAGAGAAGAAUCUCCCAUGACAGGAGUUUGUGUUCAGCAAAGUCCUGUUGCAAGCUCGUGACUAAGUUCAGUUUAGG